AUGCUUCUCAAGGCUAUCGCUCUUCUUCCUCUUACCGCUCUUGCGGCUCAGGCUGCCACCAUCGGUAGCACCGCCUCUCAAGCCCCGAUCACAGGCUACAGUGUCUACGUUCCUGAGUGGGAGGUCCAGGCCUUCCCCGGAGGAGAGAUUCAGAUCAUUGGCGGGACAGUAGAGCAGGUCUUAGACGAGCUUCGCAAAAUCGACCCCAACUAUGACGAGGACUUCGGCAUUGGGAACGUCACCGAGUCUGGGCUGACCGACAUUGUGGGUCCCAAGGCCGACUUUGAGGGAGCCGCAACUGUAUGUGACGGCUGGGAACUUGCAAACACCGCCCGCAUUCGCGAGGGAAUCUCCCAUCUCGACGGUGUCGAUGGGAAGCCUCACAGGGGUGCCGGCCCUGCCAGCUGCUACAACUCGGCAAUUUGGUGGUGCAACGAUGUAAGUGACCUCGACUUCAAUCAUUUGCCGAGCGACCCAGCUGACAAGUGGAUCAAGGACACCAAGGCCAAGGAACUCAACUCUUUCCGCGAGAUCUCUGAUGGCGCGCUCUACGUCAUCAAGAAGUGCCGUGUUGGCGAGAGCACCAGAGUCGCCGGCCAGGCUUUCCACAAGGACAAUUGGAACGUCAUCGUUCGCUGGGCCAGAUGCUGA